GGGAAAACACACAUUAACUCAUGUGAGUGUAGAGUUAAUUUAAGGAUGCUUUGCUGCAAAUUUCAACACAGAUCUGUCUUGUAGCUCUACUACCAAGCCACAGCUGUUUAAAGCAAUAGUAGUUGGUCUUUGAUAAUAUUUAGAUAUAUUCUAAAAUUGUACAAAAUUUCUACAAAAUCAUGUCAGGCUGAAAAGUUAAAUGGCACUUUGAGAAAUAAUUUCAAAAUAUUAAUGAACACAAACACACGGGUACAGAAAACAUAAAUAUAUAUAUUUACCUUCACAGACUUUUAGUCCUGUCUUUUGUUUUUAAUGUUUGGGAAAUAGAAGCCCUUUGUAAUUGUGACACAAUUGACUUUUUUAUUUUAUAAAUUCAUCACCUUAGAAAGAGGAUAAUGUUGGGCCUGAUUUUAAAAAGUGUCUCUCGAGUUUGGACCAUAUUGUGAAAGAAUAUUGGUGUUCAAAUACGUACAAAAAAAUCCUGAGCUAUUACGUUUGUCUGUGAACUUACUGAUGCUUCCUAGCUCCACUGGUCCUCCCGUACUUUAUUGCUCUGAAGAUAAUUUAUGAAAGAAUAACAAGUAUUUUUCUCAAAAGGUCCCUUAUGUUUUGAUGGACUGACUGAACUUUGUUAAAGAGAUGCUGAGCUUUUUAAAUCUUCAUUAAAUUUGUGUUUUCUUUUGUUGUCAGUUUUCUCUUUUGUUCAAGCGGUCUGGGGCCAUGAUGGUCACCGUACCUGCUUUCAUUCCUACAUGUUGCAUAAUGUUUUUGUUAAGCAGUUUAUAGUGACUAUCUGUAGUGAACAGGCCCGUAACACAUUUGCUGUCUCUACUUUCAGAAUAGGAAGGCCUUUUUGUGACUUAAGUUCAAGACCAUCAGUGUGCUGAACUGGCAAAACAUGAAGAUGUUAUUCUCUGCAUUAUUAAUUUUCAAUAAUUAAAGGCUUUACCUGCCCCAACCAGUGAAUAAUGUAAGACAAGCAACUGCUGCUCUUAAAAGUACUAUUUAUUUCAACAUAACAGGCUGGAAAGUAACUUGAGUUUGUGAAGAUGAGUAGCUUUUUGUGACUCUGUACUUUUUUAAUAGGCUUUUCAGUAAUGUUACUUUUACUCUGGUAAUUUGUAGGAAAUAUUGCUCUCAUAUUUAUUAUACUUUUGCAUCAUUUGCUGAGUUAAAAAUAAAGUAAAAAGCAAAAGAAACAUAAGCUGGUAUAUAGCCAGCUGAUUGGGUGGCAUCUGAUGCUGACAGUCAAGUGAACCAACAGAGCUGGAAAGUAAAAGCUAGAGCUCAAAUCACAAUGAAAAAAGUUGGAAAUACAUUCACAGACUUGGCUUUGUGUAGUUUUAUAAAGAUUUAACAAAUCCAACAUCUUUCCACCCAGAAAAGAAGCAGAAAAUGAGCCACAGUUUUUUAACAGGCCAUUUUCAAGCUGAAGAUUUUACCCUGCCUCUAAGCCCAGCAGACUGUUACUUAAGCAUGCAGAGACAGUCUUAAACUGAACAAAUAUGCAACAAAAAUAUUUGACAACUUUAGAUAGCUGUAGUGUAUGAAAAAGUUCUAAGUCAUGGUUCAAAGCUUGAUCUGAAAAAAAGCAUCCAGGUCCACUUGUCUUUUGCAUUAAACUAGAUUAGUGUGGUGUCUCAAAAAUUACCUUCCCAGGUCCAACAGUAAACACUCAGUACCAACAAUUUACAGUGAAGUACAUUUAUCUUUACCUGAGUAGAUUCACAGACUGUGAGUUUUUCUAUUACUUAAUAGUUCAUCAUAGUAGCUUUGUAUAACAUUCCAGUACAAUUUUCCACCCUGAAAAAUCAGAUUUCUUCCAGUCUCUAUUUCAAUAAUUCCAUGAAGCUAGUUUUUGUCUCCAUACUCCUGCUUUUAUGAAACAUGAAGAAAUAAAAAAUAAAAAAUAAAACAGACAGAGAAAACUGUCAUUUGGAGUUGAUUUACUGGCAGGAACAAUCAUUUAUUGUUACAGUAGAGGAAGACUUAGAGAAACUAACCCAGUAAAUUGUUUCCCUACUAUUCCUGAGGUCAGUUUUGGAUUUUUCAGUCACUGCUACGCUCCCUAGUCUGCGGCUGCUGCGCGCAAUGACGCGUGUCACCGAGCGUCAUCUCUAUCCUGGACACGUUCACGUCCAGCAGACUCUGCAGGUGUUUGAUGUAGUCAAUAGCCGCUCUCAAAGUCUCCACUUUGCUAAGCCGUUUGUCCUCAAACUCCUGCGGCAGAUGCUCCCUGAGCCGCGCGUAACCUUCGUUUACGCAGCGCACUCGGUGCCGCUCUCUUUCGUUCCUUUUUCGGAUGAACGCGGGCUCAAAGGAGUACUCACAAACACCCAGAGGUCCAUGAAAAGGGAAAUAUGAAAACUGUCUGCAGGGUAUCCUCUGGCCGUGCACCGUAUCGACGUAUGCAGCGUCCAGGUGGAAGGGCAGUCGUAGGCGAAGCGCAUCCCUGUAGUGCGCUCCACCUGUGUCCAUGGAGAGCCCGUGGAUAGCCAGUGAAGGGACAUAGGUAAAUUUUUCCAUGGACUCCAUCCUGUUAGUCAAACAUGAGAAAAUAUAAGACGAAAAAAACAUCAAUGUAAAUUAGCAACACGGUCUACAUAAUCAAUAAAACUUACCCUGUCAAUGGCUCCUCACAAUCAUCACGUGUUAAAAAUAUUAUUUGCAGUAGGUCUACUACUUCCCACGCGGUUGUUGAUUAUUUAGAUCAAGAUGUUUUAUAGGCUGAGCUGACCCUCCUUGACUGAGACUUUUUCGGUCUGGGUGACAACUUGUUUCUUGGGCUAGAAGCAUGGUGGGUGUGAUCAAGGGCGGAGAUGCAGUUACUUCAUCCAGAUAAAACAGUUUACACAACGGUUCCUUCCUGCAUGUGAAGUCUUUUUCAUCAAAAAAUAGUCCCAUUGUUGACUCAGAUAAUACCCGCCUGGGCUUACUUUUUAUUAAAUAUAUUAUUAAAUAUAUUAAAUAGGUCUUCUGAUCAAUGGUAAGACGUGUUUUGGAUGGAGUAUAGGAGAGGAAACUAUGAAUUAUAAGUCAAUUCAUUAAUCUCAAAGCAUAUUUUCAAGUAAAACCCUGUCGACUCUUUAGAGGAGGGGAGGUUAGAUUAAUAAAAAGUGAUUAAGUAUGCCUAAACAGCUAUUGACAACGAACAUAAAUCACAAAUCUAAUACUACAGAGAAAACUGAUCCAAAAUCACCACUAAGUGCUGAGUUCUUCUUGCACAAAUGGAACAAUGUGAUAGAUCCAAUAAAGUUUUAAAUGAAUUAAAAAAAAAAAAACCGCUAUGAAUUUUGUCAAAUGACUUUGUAAUUUUUCGAAUAAAAUAAAGGAGCUGACGAGGACACUCAGUUUUGAGACGCUCUCUUUCAAUCCGCAUUUUACUCCCAGUUUUGAGAGUCUUGUAGAGGUGGAGUGAAACCUGACCUGAGAUCAGCCGAACCGCUACAUCCUACGCAUGCGCAUUGGGGACGGAUCCAGUCAUGGCCCCGUUUAUGGAGGCAUUGUGUUGGUAUGUUGUUGUUUUAAGGCUACCUCCUUCAUUAAUGACAGACUUAUUUGUUUGUUAGAGACUGCAGUUUUAUCGCGAUAUGAAUGCACUUUUUGCUAACUCAAUAUCACCAAGUAUAUCUCUCUUUUCAUGAUUUUUGAAGGCGUAAGCCAGCAAGGCUAAUGUUAGCAUUGAGCCAAACUGGGUGAUGUGUAGCAGCUUGUUCAGACAUUUCAGUCAAACAGCUAAAACUAAAGUUUAUAUGUUAAGUUAGGGUUCAUACGAAACUUUGAUCUGCACGAUGACACUUCUUAUUUUGUUGCCAGCUUUAUGAAGCAGGAAGAGAAAACGAAGGACCCCCUCAGAAACCUUUGCAGAUAAACAUCAGGUGUUGAGUUCAGGUGAGUUACUGUAACUCUACAUUUACUGCUUAGGGGAGAGUGGGGUAAGAUGAACCAUUUUUCAUAUUUCAGAUCACUGCAUCAAGGCAAUCAUAGUUUUGUCUCUAACGAGUGAAUCUGUAUGUAUUUCAAGAUGUUGUGCAUCCCUGCAAACCAACAGAAUGAGUGUAAACAUAAUUGUCUUGAUGAUGUAGCAUUAAAAAAAAGUGGUCUCCUAUGGAGGGGGGUAAGUUGAGCCGUAUCCCUACUACAGACCCUCUCGCCACCCCAGCCCUCCCUCACCUUCUCUCUCCCUAAAUGACAGUCACUUCUUCACAUUUAUGUGUAUUUUGAUCUAUUAUACACUAUUUAACUUGUACAACAAUUCUUUUUAUUAUUAUUGCAUAUAACUUCUCAAAAGCUGUUUUAUAAAAAGCUAUUUUAGGUUCUCAAGUUCAGUCCUCCAGGCCCACUGUCCUGCAUGUUUUGGAUGUUUCCUUGCUCCAACACACCUGAUUCAAAUGAUCAGCUCGUUUUCAAGCUCUGUAAUGGCUUAAUAACGAGCUGAUCAUUUGAAUCAGGUGUGUUGGAGCAGGGAAACAUCAAAAACAUGCAGGACAGGGGGGGCUCGAGGACUGGAUUGAGAACCGCUGAUCUAACUGUACAAAUAGAGGCUGAUUAAUUAAUUAACUUAAUUAACUAGUUAUUAGUUUGCUUGUGAGCUCAUAGCCCAGACCUGAUUGAACUCUGGAUGUUUUUCAGGAUGAAUGAGAUGAACCUGAGUCCUGUGGGCAUGGACCAGCUCAGUGUGCCCUCAGUGAGUGCCAGCCACCUGGGUCUGCCCACCUCUCCCACACAUAACACCAUCCCCACCCCAGGUAGGAAUGACACUGCUUGCUGAGAGACAGACUGGGACCUAAAACUGAAGGACUUAUAAAGAGCAAAGUCACAGUAUCCAUCCACUACAUUCCAGGUGCUUAAAUUCCUUAAAUUCAUAUUUUUUUUAGGCAUGCCAGUGGCCAUCCCCAGCCUGGGUCCUUCCCUGGGUUCCCUUCCCUCUGCUCUCUCACUGAUGCUUCCCAUGGGUCCACUAAGUGACAGGGGAGUGAUGUGUGGCCUGCCGGAGAGGAACUACUCCUUGCCACCUCCUCCUUACCCUCACCUGGAGAGCAGCUACUUCCGCCACAUAUUGCCAGGUUGGGCACCAUUGUUGUGUAGGAGAUUUUAAAGCAGAGCCUGUUGUGACAUUCACUGAAGAAUAACAAGUCAGUUUCCUCUUGUAGGUAUCCUGUCCUAUCUCGCAGACCGUCCACCACCUCAAUACAUUCACCCCAGCAGCCUCAAUAUGGAUGGGACCUUAUCUGUGGCCAGCAACAAUCCUUCAGGUCUGGAUCCUUACAGUGGCCCAGGAGGCCCACUGGAACAGGGCCUGGUUCCCAUGGACUCCAGACAGGUCAGCACCCAGGGAGACCUCCACCAGACUGGCGCCCAUGAACUGGACUCUACAGGGUUGGCCAUGGAGUCCCGUGUCAGCAGCCCCAUGUCCCCUGACCGGAUGGGAGAGGAGCUGGCAAACAUGGACGGAGUUGGGGUUGUGGCGGUGUCUGACACCCAGCAGCAGCUCGGAGGAGGGAGGCAGCCUCAGCCACAUGAAAGUUUGGCUGGGGUGGACUCCUCUGGUGGGGUGAUGCCCCUCCAUGGACCUCCUGUGCUGGAACUACCUGUGGUGAUGGAGCCUGACCAUAUGGGGGGCAGAGUGGGGAAUGCAGGGACUGGGGGAGGCGGAACAGGCGGUCUCGGGGAGCAGCUUCACAGCAAUGCGGAACUGAAUUCAGGGGUUGUGAGUGUUGUGCUCACUGGAUCCAUGGCCAACCAGGGCCAGCUGGAGCCAGUGUCACUCCAUGGACACUCUGGGAUGGGGCUGGAGGCUGUAAAUGUGUCUCCAAUCACUGCAGAAGUGUCACUGGGGCCGGAAAACAACCUGGUGCUGGUCAACUCUACACUACAACUUGAAGACUCUGCUUCUAACAAGGAGAACAUGGUCACUGCUUACACCAUCUGUGAGUGUGCAUUUGUUAAUCUUUUAUUGAGCAAAAACAAAAACGAUCGACUUGUUGUAGAACGCAGUGAUAUUAUUGAAAUGUGUGAUGUCCUGGUACCAUUUCUCCACUCUAGAUACCAAUUUUAGGGCCCAAACUGGAGUAUAGCCCAAUACAGAGUACCACUCUGUUUUCAGUGCAGUAUUAAAAACAGUUACUUUAACUGCUUUAACUGCUUAUCCUUAUCCCAAAGAUAAGCCGUGCUAUCAUUCUGCUCGGAGCAUCCUCACCUGUCCUGUAUCUGCCAUGAUUUAUGCUUCAAUAUUGAUAACAGCGACCUGACGAAAAUAGUCCGGCUUUGAAAUGUGUCACACAUCACCAAUAUACCCAAUAUGUAGUUAAUAGGUCAAGUCAAAUUUAACGCAACUCACAUUGACCGAAGUGCUAUACAACUAGAGGAACAACAAAAAAAUCCCAGAACAAGCAUUUCAUCAAGUUGAAGACGCCGCAGAGACAACAUAUCCAAAUCAAAAUGCAGAGACUUACAAGAAUCAAGCUUUGAUGUGAUGAUGGCAUGGAUUACUCGUGUGAUUAUGUGUUUGAGCACAGAUGUAGUUAAAUUUUAGCUAAAGUCUCAGCUGGAAAAAAAAGUAACCGCCAAGAGUAUUUUGUGUAUCGUACUUGAAUCAGGUAUCAAAAGUCACAGUGACAUUUUAGGCAGAUUGACACCAGUGGGCAGCUAGAGGGCCUAGAGCGGCAGCGUAGUUAUCCAGAGAGUUGGGUUGUCCAAAUCGAACAAUUUCUGUGUCACUUUAAAGAAAUUUAAGCCAACACUAGUUUCAAUAUUUGCACACAGUUCAGUAGUGGCUGCAUAGAACAAAUCUGGAUGUCAUCGACAAAGCGGUGAAAGUGCAUAUUGUGGUUUAUAAAAUUUUAACCCAAUAGUAACAAAAACAAUCAAGAGAGGUGAGGUGACGCAGUAUCGGGGCAACUGUUCAGAGAAAUCUUGCUAAAGAGCAUGCACUGACUCUUGUUCUGUCCCUGCCUUCUAGGGUGCACACUAUGCGAGCGCUCAUAUACCUCAGACUGCCCAGAGCAUGGCCCAGUCACCUUCAUCGCUGACACGCCCAUCCAAAGCCGAGCUCGCCUAUCUCUACCACGUGUACUGUGCCUGCGAAUCUCAGUAGCUGAUGAACCACUGGGUAAGAGGAGAUACUCUGUACAGGGAUUUAAAAAACCUUUUACAAGAAUGUUUGAUGUCCUGUAUUAGAAUAUGAUGCCUGCAUUCACGAAAGAACUGAAGUGAGAUUUUAGGUAUUUUUUGUCUAUGUUAAACCCAGUCUGGAUUGUAGUCACUCUAGUUCUGUUUCUGCUCUGCCGCUGUUGUUUCUGUUUUUUUUCCUGCUAUUUGUAGACAGAGUUUAAGCUGUUCAGGGAUCACACAAGAUUUUAUACAUCCGGAAAUGAUCCUCAUGACACAUUUUAUGGCCUCAGCAUAGAAAAUGGACUUUAACCUUUCAUCAUUUAUGCUAAAGACUUGACUUUAAAAAAAACACACACAUAAAAAUGACUUUACUGACUAAACGUGUUUAUGCCUCUCUCAGGAGUCUUUGCACUGGACAUUAUUCCUCCGAGGACCUGCUUUGGACCAAUGGUGGGCCAGCACUGUACUAAUGUAGAUCUCUCUGAUUGGCCAGAAAAGGAAUCUCCACAAGUAUGGAAGGUUAGUGUUGAAGCUUUUGCUGAAGCCUGAUACUCACAGUCACAUUAAGAACCAUGACAGGUUGAUAGAAACAUUUCUCUUUUAGAUGUACCACAACAACGUACUGGAGUUCAUCAUCGUGACUACUGAUGAGAACGAGUGCAACUGGAUGAUGUUCGUCUGCAAAGCAAGGUACAAGUUGAAGCUUUUCUGGUGUAAAUCUGACGUCUGGUUCACACUGGAAGCGCCGCGCGCGGAACGGAAGCGCCGCGCACAGAGUUUCAGAUCGGCGCCCAUGUUAACCUAUGACGUCUGGUUCACACUGGAAGCGCCGCGCGCGGAACGGAAGCGCCGCGCACAGAGUUUCAGAUCGGCGCCCAUGUUAACCUAUGAGACUGUUCACACAGCACGCGCGCGGAAGCGCCGCGCGCGGAACGGCUCGCGCUCUGGAGCGCGGCUGCUCCGCUUCUCUCUAUUUUCGGCGCGAGCCGCGAGCGCCGAUGUAAAGCUCAACAGAGCAGAUCGGACCAGACAGGAAGUCAGGAAGGAGAUGCGAGAGAAUCCGGUCAAUUUUCAAAAUAAAGUAAAUUUCAAUAAAUUAGAAAAGGAUUUACGGUGUUGCUUGUCAGCCUAUUUUUUUUUACCGAUGAACACACACACACACACACACACACACACACACACACACACACACACACACACACACACACACACACACACACGGAGGGAGAGCUGCAGAGAUUCAGUGAUGUUAUUGAGACAAAGAGGGGGGGGGACUUUAUUACGAUACAGUCAAUAGCCUCGAGCUAACAAGGCUAUACAUCCAACGGAGUCAACAGACUCCAUAUUUAUUCGUCGUUUACCCCUAUAUAAUAAUUUAAAACAAUACUUGAAGAUGCUGCCAAUAUUUAAUUUAUGUAUGACGAAAUAAAAAUGUAAAUGAAUAUUGAUUUACCCAUUUUUAAAGCGCUCGUAAGUGUGGAAAACUGAGGGCAGACGGAAACGGCCGAGCACUGCCGGGCUCAGUCGAUGUUUGACCAGCGUGUCAGAGCGCAGCAGAAAGCGCUUUCUGUGUGAACAGCCAAGCGCGAGCCGGCGCUGCGCGCGCGCGCGGCGCUUCCGUUCCGCGCGCGGCGCUUCCUGUGUGAACCAGGCGUGAGAGGUUUGUGCUGUAACUUUAAAAGUAAUUGAAUUGAGUAUUUAUGGAAGGUGUUAGUACAAAUCAGAACUAAAGUCAGUUAUUCUUAGCUGUCCCAAAAUAGUGUCCUGCAGUAACCCCCAGCAGCCAUUGUUGUGUUUAAGUACCGUGGUUGUAUCAGAAUUGCUGUGGCUAACUACUGCCUGAGAGUGACAUAGAAGAGCCAACUGCAGGUUUAUUUUUAUUAUGUGUAAGGUAAGAAAAAGGUGUAUCAACCAAUGCUGUUUGUAGUCUAGAAUUAGGAUAGAUAGAAUUACUUCAGUGUUCAUCAUUUACAAGUUUUUUUGCAGGGAGAUGAAUUUUCUCCAGAGGCCACUUCUCUUAAUUCAUGAGUGUCCAAAAAACAACUAUAAUUUCUUUGAUUUUUUUUAUUUUAUUCAGAGACAAGAGAGUAAGGCAUCAAGCAAUUUUUGUACCAAUGACUUAUUUAUUCCUGCAUUUAUAUUUUACUAUUUCUCCCAUUACUGACUGUUCACCGGGCAAAAGAAAUGUGCAUUUUGUCUAAAGAACUUAUCAAAACAAGAUGAUACAGCAAUGAAAUCACUGCCAUGCAGGUUUAGUAGUCUGCAGUGGUUCUGUUUUUACACUACCACAACAGAAUGAAGGAGUUAGGCAUUGAAUGCUGGUGGUUUAAGAACAUCUCUGCUAAACUUUUAUCAUUGGCUGCAUGUGUGUUUUAGGACCCGUGAGGAGCAGAAUCUGGUGGCAUACCCUGCCAAUGGCAAAAUGUUCUUCUGUACAACCAGAGAGAUUCAUCCAGACCAGGAGCUGCUCUUCUACUACAGCAGAGACUACUGCAGGCUGCUGGGUAAGAUGAGGAAUCAUUAAAGUUCUGAUUUUAAAGAGGCCACAUUGAUAUGUUGCUCACUCGCUCAUCCAUUUAUUGUUUUCCACCAUUCCUUUCGUCUCCUCAGGUGUUCCUCAGGUGCCUGAGGGCCACAUCUGUCAAUGUGGCAAAGAGUGCUCCUCCUUCUCUGAGCUAAAGUCUCAUCUGAGCAGCCACAACACCAAUCACAGCCAAAACCAGCCUCCACACAACCACAGCCCCUCACAGCAGGACCACUCUCAGCAACAACCGCAGCAACAAGAGCAACAACCACAGCAACAGCAACACGCCCACCAGGAAGAGAAGCUGGCGAAUGGGACGUCGAGCUCCUCCUCAUCUCCAUGGCCCUGCCACACCGCUCAUGCUGCAGGACAAACAAACAGCGAAAACAGUAGCAGCAGCAGGGACAAUAACCGAAACUCUGAUAACGGUACACCCAGAGCCAAAGGUCAAGGUCAUGUACGGGAGAAGAAAUUCAAGUGCAGCAUGUGCUCCCGAGCUUUCAUCACCUCCACAAAGCUGAAUGUGCAUUUCAUGGGGCAUGUUGGGAUGAAACCUCACAAGUGUGAAUACUGCAGUAAGGCCUUCAGUGAUCCCAGCAACCUCAGGAUGCACCUCAAGAUCCACACAGGUGUGUACAGGGGUUAUUUUCAAAGUUUGUUUAGACUUUGAUUUGUUUUUGUGUGCCAAGAAAAUAGCAGCAAUGUCUUUAUACCUCGUUGCCUCUUUUCAUUUAUUUUUACAGUAAACUGCAAAAUCGUAACGUUUUUCUGUCUCUCAUAGGUCAAAAGAACUACAGAUGCACAGUCUGUGAGAAGUUAUUUACCCAGAAGGCCCAUGUUGCGUCACACAUGCUUAUCCACACCAGUGCAGAGAAGCAUGUGUGUGACCUCUGUGACCGUGCCUUCAUUAGGAAACACGACCUGAAACAGCACAUGUUCUCUCACACACAGUAUGCGACUUUUUCCUUAUUUUCUGCAAAGCUAAAAAAGCAGAUUGUUACUUAGGUUGUUUGGCUAAAAGAUAAUCACAUUUCUGCCUUCAUAUUUGCUUAUCUGCUGUAUUGAAGAAUAGGUUUUUAAGAAAGCAUCUUGAUCUUGUUAUAAUCACUCAAUAGAAGAAAGCUUGAUCACUAAGGCCCUUUAUACUCUUUCUCUUCUUGCUCUUAGUGAACGCCGGAUACAGUGCCCCAAGUGCCACAAACAUUUCCUCAAGACCAACCACCUGAAGAAACACAUGAACUCCCACGAGGGCCGUAGAGACUUUGUCUGUGAGAAAUGCCACAAAGCUUUCCUCACCAAAUACCACCUCACCCGUCACCUUAAGAUCUGUAAAGGGCCUAAGGCGGAGAGAGCAGCCCGCAAGGAGCAAGACGUGGAUGAGGAAGAAGAUGAAGAGGAGGAAGAAGAGGAGGAGGAGACUAGAGGGAGAGGAGGAGAGAGACUUGUUGACUCAGCCAGUACCGAGGACUGUGGUUUGGAUGUUGGAGGGUAUCACUCUGAGAAGUCCCCGUCACCCCCUCAUUGAUGACACUGUGCCUCUUGCAAUGUCUUAUUUAUUUAUUAAAUGAUAACGAUUAAAAACCUCUACUUUCUGCCAAAUCCAAGUUACUUUCUCUGAUUUCACAUUUAGAAUUUUAAAACACAGUGUAUGUUGGGUCUCACAUAAGCAUGUAAUCGCUGCUAUAAUGAUAAUCUUUGCCAACUGACACAGAUCAGUCUGUCUUUCUGUAAAACUUUUGUCUUCAUUUAAACUCAGGCAUGCUCACUGUUGUUUAAUAAAAGCUAUCUUAUUAUAAUUUUUUUUUUAUCCUGACACACUAACGCUAGGUGAAAAGCUUAUAUUUGUUUGUAAUUCCACCAUAUUGUUCUCGCAAUGCAACAUUGUGACGUCAUGUGAAACCCGGCUAUUAAAAUUUCUGAUGCCAUACUUGGUUUAGUCCUUUUGAUGUAUUUGUUCCUGACCUAUGAGUUUACUCUUUAUUUAUUAAACGCAGGUUUUUUGAUUACUUUUUAUUUUUCAUAGUCAUCUUUAUGUGUGAAUUUGGACCAGGAUCUUGAAAUCAGGAAUUUGAGUGUUUAAGGUAUUGUGUAAUUGUUAACUUGUUAAAAUGUCAUAGCCUCCUGUCAUUUAAAGUUAACUGAAUAAAAAAUCUAAACUGAA